GGGGAACCGUCAUUUUCCUACGCGCCCUCUGACAUCAGCCACCUUCUCUGUAGCUAGUUUCUCUGCACACAACUUAAUCCCUGGCAAUGAAAAAUGAACCUCUCCCCCACCCUUGCUGCCGCCUCUCGCCUCACGCCCCCAGAGAAGAGUUUCUCCGCCAGGCAGCAGGUGAAGGUUUUUUUCCAAGUCACAUGAUUCAGGAUUCAGGGGAGAAUCCUUCUUGGAACAGAGACGGGCCCAGAACUGAAUCAGAUGAAGAGAGAUAAGGUGUGAUGUGGGGAAGACUAUAUAAAGAAUGGACCCAGGGCUGCAGCAAGCACUCAACGGAAUGGCCCCUCCUGGAGACACAGCCAUGCAUGUGCCGGCGGGCUCCGUGGCCAGCCACCUGGGGACCACGAGCCGCAGCUAUUUCUAUUUGACCACAGCCACUCUGGCUCUGUGCCUUGUCUUCACGGUGGCCACUAUUAUGGUGUUGGUAGUUCAGAGGACGGACUCCAUUCCCAACUCACCUGACAACGUCCCCCUCAAAGGAGUGGCAAAGCAUCUAAACAAAACCAAGUUGUCUUGGAACAAAGAUGGCAUUCUCCAUGGAGUCAGAUAUCAGGAUGGGAAUCUGGUGAUCCAAUUCCCUGGUUUGUACUUCAUCAUUUGCCAACUGCAGUUUCUCGUACAAUGCCCAAAUAAUUCUGUCGAUCUGAAGUUGGAGCUUCUCAUCAACAAGCAUAUCAAAAAACAGGCCCUGGUGACAGUGUGUGAGUCUGGAAUGCAAACGAAACACGUAUACCAGAAUCUCUCUCAAUUCUUGCUGGAUUACCUGCAGGUCAACACCACCAUAUCAGUCAAUGUGGAUACAUUCCAGUACAUAGAUACAAGCACCUUUCCUCUUGAGAAUGUGUUGUCCAUCUUCUUAUACAGUAAUUCAGACUGAACAGUUUCUCUUGGCCUUCAGGAAGAAAGCGCCUCUCUACCAUACAGUAUUUCAUCCCUCCAAACACUUGGGCAAAAAGAAAACUUUAGACCAAGACAAACUACACAGGGUAUUAAAUAGUACACUUCUCCUUCUGUCUCUUGGAAAGAUACAGCUCCAGGGUUAAAAAGAGAGUUUUUAGUGAAGUAUCUUUCAGAUAGCAGGCAGGGAAGCAAUGUAGUGUGGUGGGCAGAGCCCCACACAGAAUCAGAAGGGAUGAAUGGAUGUCCCAGCCCAACCACUAAUUCACUGUAUGGUCUUGAUCUAUUUCUUCUGUUUUGAGAGCCUCCAGUUAAAAUGGGGCUCCAGUACCAGAGCAGCUAGCAACUCUGCCCUAAUGGGAAAUGAAGGGGAGCUGGGUGUGAGUGUUUACACUGUGCCCUUCACGGGAUACUUCUUUUAUCUGCAGAUGGCCUAAUGCUUAGUUGUCCAAGUCGCGAUCAAGGACUCUCUCACACAGGAAACUUCCCUAUACUGGCAGAUACACUUGUGACUGAACCAUGCCCAGUUUAUGCCUGUCUGACUGUCACUCUGGCACUGGGAGGCUGAUCUUGUGCUCCAUAUGACCCCACCCCUAGGAACCCCCAGGGAAAACCAGGCUGGGACAGCCCCCUGUUCCUGAGAUGGAAAGCACAAAUUUAAUACACCACCACAAUGGAAAACAAGUUCAAAGACUUUUACUUACAGAUCCUGGACAGAAAGGGCAUAAUGAGUCUGAAGGGCAGUCCUCCUUCUCCAGGUUACAUGAGGCAGGAAUAAGAAGUCAGACAGAGACAGCAAGACAGUUAACAAUGUAGGUAAAGAAAAAGGGUGUGGUCACUCUCAAUUCACUGGCAAAUGCCUGAAUGGUCUGUCUGAAGGAAGCAACAGAGAAGUGGGGAAUCCAGUCUGCUAGGCAGGAAAGUUGCCUCUAAGUUCUUGUCUCUGGCCAGAGGUGUGGUAUAGAACCGGAAACCCAUAUCAAGGGUGACUAAGCCCGGCUUCUGGUAUGAGAAAUUAAACUUGUAUACAAAAUGGUUGCCAAGGCAACAUAAAAUUAUAAGAAUUCACUAUACCUUCCCCUCCCUGGAACUCAGGAUCCAAGUCUAGAAAAUGAAAGGACUGGGUUUGAAUUGCUUCAAAACCUCUUCCAUCUCAGAAGACCAGACCCUGGGAACUGAGAUUCCAGACACAAUUUUGGAAGCUCUCCAACCAAAAUAAGGCCCUCCUACCCCAGUAUACAAUUGAAGACACUAGUAGCACCUGACUGCAUCUCAUCUCAGCAGAGCCAGAAUAUGGGGACAAGGUUCAGGGUGCCCUGCUGAAUGGUGUGAACAGCAGGAUCUCAAGGAUGUAAUGGAAAGAACUACCACACUGACCAUCCAGAAUCUAAGAGACCAUCUGGGUGUUCGGGAAACCAUCUGACAAGGCCUGACUCUAUUCCAGUUAGAUUGACAAUAAUUGAGCAGCAGGCAUUUUUCAUUUCUGGUCAGGAAAGCAUUGUGCCUUUAGCAAACAAUCAGUGUGCAACAGUGAUGUGGUCAUCUAGCCAGGGAAUGGCUGCUCCAUCCCCUGCAUAAUAUAUUCCUGCUUCAAACACCUCUCAGAAAACCAGUUCCGCGAGGGUUUUUAUAUCCCCACAAAGUUGUUGAGAGACAAUGAUGACCCUGGAAGUGGGGAGGGGGACUUCUGAGAAACAACAACCUCUCUCCUGAUUGGGGUAGCCAUGAGAUUUCUCUAGCUAUAUCCAACUUGGCAUCUGUACAUCAUCUUUGGAGGAACAUCUUAUUUGCGGAAGGACCUUGACAAGCCGUUUGAGAUGGAAUGUAGGCCCUGAUAUUAUGCUUCAGUAAAAAAAGAUGGAAGCUUCCCUGCUAUACCAAAACAUGGAGCAAAAUUUGCAUUUUUCUCAAGAAGGAGAGAAAAGGAGUAGGACUCCAGCAAAGUUUGUCAGAAGAGAAGCUAGAAAAGAUUUAAAAGAAAAAAAGAAAGAACAAAUCAGCAGUGGUGGUAUGGAUGAGAGGGACUUGAGAGAACAAAAAUGGCUAAGGGAAAAUUUUAAGUCAUCUGCUGAGCAGUGUGCUGUGUCAACCUCCUCCUAGGUCUCCUCUAUGAAAUAUUUAGUAAAGUCUACAUUUCUCUUUAA